CUUUUUUCGGAAAGUUAAAAAUGCAACAUAAAUGGCAGGUGUUGUGAAGUAUUUUUGUUGAAAUCUGAUUCUGACACGAUUGGAAGACGCCGGCCAUGGAUUUGCAGCUGAUUAGCCAGGCCAUACAGUUUCAUGGUCCCAGUUUGGUUCAGAACCUGAAGACGGAGAUUCGGGAACAACUUAUCAGUACUUUGCCAUCCGACAUCGAGAAACACCGCAUAUUUCACAGGUCUCCAGAGAUAGAAGAUGAUGAUUUUCUCAAUCGAGUCGUUCACUUCAUCAGCAAGAAGGCUGACAUUCUCUACCAGCCUGUUGACGAUGAUGUCCAUGCUGAAGCUGACUCGGCAGAUUUUGAAGACAAAUAUGCCAUCAUGCCGGCCUUGGAAUCAUUUAUGGGAGUGGAUCCCGACAUCUGUAAAGAGCAUUUCUUCAGUAGUCUGGAGAAGCGUGACGUGGUGAUUGGCGUGGUGACGUCUCUCAUGGAGAGCGGACUCGUUGUUCAGCUCCUGUGUCUCGAUGACAACAAGGCGCGGGCUAUUCACGAUAUCAAAAUAACGGCAUUUUGUCCUGUUAAGGAACUUCCAAGACUUAUACCAGGCGAGAGCGCAAUUAACGGCUACCACGUGAAAGACAUUGUUCGGGCUGCUGUACUUAAUGUGAAUCAAGAAACGAAAAGAAUUAUUAUUUCCCUGCAGGACAAAAUCUUCUCGUCGGAGGAUGCCGUUGUGCCCAAACUGGGGCUUAUUAGUGAAGAUGACUUUCCUGUUUAUUACAAGAGAACUCUGCAUGUGCGAGGUCUGGCGUUUGAAGAGUUACUGCACUCCAUCGCCGGCUUCAACAAUUCGGGAAACGUUUCAUUCCUCGUACACCUCCACUCGUUGAAAGAAGAGUCGUCGUUGAUGCGCGGAUUACACAGUCUGCAUGUCCCUGAGAAAGAAUAUGCUGAGAAUCUUCGGAAAUGGCAAUCACAGAAAAUGGCCCACAGCAGUGUUGCUCAGGGAGUGUUAAUGUUCAAGAAAGGGAGACAACUGGAGGCUAUGCAGCAUCUCAACAAGGCUCUUCAGAUAGAUGAGAAGAACGUUGAAGCGUUGGUGGCCAGAGGAGCACUAUACGCCAACAACGAGAGUUACUCACGAGCCAUUGAAGAUUUUGAAGAAGCUCUGUUGGUGAAUUCUCGACAUGUGAAUGCCAGAAAAUAUCUGUAUGAGACGCUGGUGGUCAAAGGAAAAGUAGACGAGGAGACGGGCGACCUGGAGGACGCCGAGGAGAUGUACAGAAAGGCGGUCCUACUCACCCCGCAGAGACCUGACGCUAAAGAAGCUCUGGAAUCACUCACUGUCAAACAGCACCGAUUAAAGGCAAAGAAAUCGGCAUGUAGGGACAGCUCCAGGAAAAGAAGUUCAUCACCUAACAGAACACAGAAGUCUAGUCGUGGCAGUCAGAAACGAAAACGUUCUCCAGAUUCCGUCUCUCCACCGUACAAACGCCGUCACCAGAGUCCCGACAGGCUGUCACACGGCUUGGAUGACAGAAUCAGUCACAGAAAGGACAGAAUGAAAGAACACCACUGGAACAUUGAGGCACCCAGAGCACACAGGAGAGACGACGUAGAUCAUGAUGCAGAACAGCGGCGAAGGAACGAAGAUGUAUCAUCAGAAAAACCAAGAAGAAGAGAGGGGGAUGAUUAUUCUGAAAAACAGAGAGGAAAAAAAGAAGGUGAUAAAUAUUCAAGAAAACUGCAAGGAAAAGAUGAAGAUGAUUACUAUGUAGAAAAAACAAGAAAAAAAUCUCUGGCACCCAGCUAUGAGCACUGGUAUGAAAAAGAUGACGAUAGACGAACUCAGAGGCAGCAUAUUCCAUUUCUUGAACGGAACGUCAAUUCCCCAGACCGUGGUAAAAGGUUGCCAAGUUCAUCGCCCAAAAGUGAAAGGAUGUCAUCAAGAAAAUCUUCUGAUUUUGAUGUUGGUAGGAAAAAUGAUGAAUCUCGCCUCAGUAAGAGUAAGAGUCCAUUCGAUGUAGACGAAUAUCUGUAUGGAGAUUUGAAUGUGAAGGAAGAGCAGAAUCUGGAGGAGAAGUGGUUGUCUAAGUAUGAUGUGAAUAGCUCGCCGCAGUCUCGUCUGAGGGAAAGAGACUGGCGUCGUGAUUCCGUGAACCAGUCCCCACCAAGAUCACAUGUCGAAGACACUUCAUGGCACACAGGAGAAAGCACACGAGAGGUGUCUGAAAGAAACGCCAAGUCACCCGAAUCUUCUAAGCAUCAGUGGAAAUACACAAUGCACAAUACAAAUAAGUCUCUAUCAGAAUUGCCAAAAAGGAAAAACCCUGAUGACUCGCCUAUCGGGGAAAAUUAUUCUGGAAUCCUGCAGAUAGAAUCAAAACGUAGUGACCACCGUGACUCUUAUGGAAGCAAAAGUCCUGAGAAGUCUAAACACAGUCAGUUCGAAAGAAAUGGAAGAAAAAUAUUUGCAGUUGAUAGUCCAUUUCAUGGAAAAGACAGGAGGUAUGAGCAGGAUAUACAGAAAAAGAAUUACGACUUUAGUAGCUAUGCUGAUGCAGGUAGCUACAGAGAUGAUUCAAAUUCUGAAAGGCUAAGAAAAAUCGGAAGCUAUACAGUUGGAGAGAGUUCCAAUUCUGAACAGGGUAGACAUGAAGAAUGUGGUAGACACAGAGCCAGUCCAGAUUCUGAAAAGGACAGGCAUGAUGGAAGGUACAGAUACAGAGAGAGUCCACAUUCUGAGAGGGAAAGAUGCAAAAGUUACAAAUAUAGAGACGGCCCUCAUUCUGAAAGGGGAACACAUGAAAGAAAGGACAAAUAUCAAAACAGUCCACGUACUGUAAAAGAAAGCGAUAGGUGUAGAGAGAGUCCAGGUCCACAAAAAGGCAGGGUUCAAGAUCUUAGAAAGACUGACAAAAGUGAGUCACCUGAUUCUCGGAUUUUGCACACGGAUACAAUGGGAGAAGAUGAUGAAAGACUAGGUUCUCAGCAGAGGAGAGGUGAAUGGAGUGAACCACGUCGUUUCAGAUUAUUACCCGUGGAAAGUACAGCGAAAGUGUCAAAGAGGGAGCUGGAUGAUCUUAGUCAGUCCGUAAUGGCUAUCCAUCAAAAAUAUGAUGUUCAGACUGUACAACGUACGUUUAAUCGAGCACUAAGAGAAAGAGUUGAUGAUGGCACCUCAACGUGCCGUAUGAAUCUAGAUCAUGUGGAUAACAAGUCUGCAAAAAGCAGUCAGUCGGAUCCACAUGAGAGUUAUCCAGAGCUGGUUUUGCCUCUGAGGCCUUCAUUCACAGUCCCUUCUAAGUGGGAUUCUCCUGUUGAUGCUGCACAUGCUCAAGAACAAAUCUCAUGGACGAAGCGUUCUGGAAAUAAAGCUUGGGACAAUAUCCAAGUUGAAGUUCGUCCUGAGAAAGCCCUUGACAGAGAAAAGGAUUUAUACCAGAAUAGAAGGAAAGCUACAGAUUCGAGAGUGGGAUGCAAAGAUGGUAUGAAGCAUUCCAAAUCCUCCAGCUCCAGUAGUAGUAGUUCAUCAUCCAGCAGCAGCAGCUCCAGUUCUUCCUCGAGUUCAUCAUCUGACUCAGAAUCGUCAUCAUCUCCUGCCAGAGAUAUCAAAAAUCGGCAGGCUUUUACUAGAAGAAGUAAAGAGUCUGCUGACAAACCGAAAAGUAAGAGUCCAGAAGCAGACAGUGAAUCGAGAUAUAUCGCAGGUCAGAAACACAGAAUCCACCUUGAUGAAAACAGAAAGAGCAAUCUCCCCGAUUUAAUCCAAAGUGCAAAGAAGCCAUUUGACUACAGAAGUGGAAAGCAGUUUGUGGGUAAAGACGAGAUAAAGGAUGCCAAAAGUGGAUACAGGCAGAGAAUGGAUUUCAGAGACAGGUAUGCUGAUGAUUAUAGCUCAGAUGAAGGAGCUGGUGAGAGAGUUCACAAAGAAGAAAUUGAUGUCAGAAGCAGAAGUCGUGAGAAUCAAAGCAGACGGCAUUCUGAAGGAACAAAAAGAUCUAAAGAUGGAGAACGAAGUGCAUCGAAGUAUAGCAGUCAGAGCAGGUCAAGAGAGAGCGGUCAUGAUGGAAGUUACAGCAAACCGAGAACUCGGAGUAGAUCCAGACAUAGGAGUCACAAUAGAUCUAAAAACAGGGCUCAUAGUAGAUCCAAAGAAAGGAGCUAUAGUAGAUCUAACAACAAAGGUCGUAGUGGAUCUAAGGACAGGAGUUCUAGUAGGUCUAAAGAGAGAACACAAAGUGGAUCCACAUUUAAGAGUCCUAGUAGUACUGAUAACAGUAAAAAACCUAUAAAAUGCUUCAAUGAACACAUCAGCUAUGGAAGGAAUGUUUUUGUAUCAUCCAGCGGAGGAAGAGUCCAUGGAAGUGAGUCCAGUAGAAGAGAUAGUUCUGGUCGAGCAGUAAAGGGCAAAAGGAGAUCCUCUUCUUCCUCCUCCUCCUCCUCCUCAUCACCAUCACCACGUCCAUCAUCCUCACAGCCAAAGAAAAUGAAAAGCCUUGCCACAAGUACUAUCGGCAAGUCUGAUUUUAAAUCUAGUGAAGUUCAAGGGGAGAAAAAUGUUGUAGUCGGAGGAGUGGAAAGAAGCAAAGCGACGUUAGACGAGUACGAGAACUUCCUGUCCACUCUAAAGCAGAACAAGAAACAACAGUGGAUUGCUGAGGGCAAACUAAAGACAAGCUGAACAGUUAAUGAAAGUCUGUACGAUAAGGCCUGGCGCUUAUAAAACCUUUAGAGUCUAGACUCGAGACUAAUAGUCUUGAGACUCUUAAUAGACUCUUGAGACAAUAAUGUCAUAUACGCCAUAAAACCGUAAAUAAAAAGUGUUGAGUGCGUCGUUAAAUAAAACAUUUCCUUCCUUCAUUUGAGAUCGAGUCUGCACUCUAAAGGUUUUAUAAGCACAGACCAAAGUGCAUAGCGAGCCAAAUUUACGAAUUUCAUUUUCAUUUUUCAUACCAACUGAUUUUUGUGCUUAUAUCCAAUUAAGGUUCUAGCACACUGUCCUGGGCACACACCUCAGCUAUCUAGGUUGUCUGUCCAGGACAGUGGGUUAGUUGUUAGUGAGAGAGAAGAGGGUGAGAGCCGGUACCGGGCUGCGAACCCUGUACCUACCAGCUUUAUGUCCGAUGGCUUAACCAUGAUGCCACUGAAUUGUGAUCAUUGUGCUAAAUGUUUUGCUCUGGCGCAUAGCAAGCUAAAUUUACGAAUUGUGCAUUACGUGUCUUUUGUUUUCCAAUAAAGGUGCAUUUAAGUUCCUUUUUUUAAUAAAAAGAGUAAUAAAAGGACCACGGAGUUAACUCCCUUGAAUAGUGUUGUAAUUCUUGCAAUUUUCUGACUGCAGCUGUAUAGUGUAUGUACUGAAAAUAAUUUAGAAUGACUACGUCAACCUUGUUUUCGAAUAAAGUUUGUAAUACUUGGCGUAGCACUUGCGUGAAAGGAAAAGUAGGAGUAAUCAACUAUUUGACCGCUGAAGGUUCAAGCACGUCUAUCUUGGGCGCAUCGUCCGAAUGAAUGAAUGUUUAACGACAUCCCAGCACGAAAAACACAUCGGCCACUGGGUGUCAAACUAUGGUAAAUCGCAUCGUCCGAACACUCGGCGAAUGUAUCAAAGACCGGGGUGGGUGUAGGAGAAACAAUAUUUACUCGUUAUUGGGAAUACAGAAUAUACAGGAGAGUAAAUUAAAACCCAGUAUCUCACGUCAGUUGUACAUUUUUGUACAGCGUGUUUAACGAUUGAAAUUUUGACAACGGAAACAACAUUAUUUUCAGCUUUUUUUUGUUUUUUUGUUGUUGUUUUUUUGGUGGGGGGGGGGGAUGGAGGAGGGUGUGCUCAUCCCGAUUUCUUGCUUGUGAUUGUAAAUGGUAACAAUGUCUUGAUUUCAUGACAGUAUUAAAGUAAUUCUCAUUGUU